GAGGCCAGGCCGGACUGGGGGCGCCUGGAGCUGGAGGAGCCCAGCGAGGGAGCGCACCGGAGGCCUCUCCGGCCCAACCCCGAACCGGUGGUGCAGCGCCCGCCCCCGAUCGCGGGCUCAGACUGGCGGCCGCCUCCGAGCCACGUGGUGCACGCGGCGGCUCCGGGCUCCCGGGGCUUGGGCGAGCGCAGCGUGCGGCCGGCUGGGCGGAGGAGGCGGGAGCGAGCGCUGCAGCCUGCGACGUCGGGGCCGUGGCCUCCACUGUCCGCGCGCCACUCUCUGGGUCCCUGCGCCCAGGGCGCACGGUGGAGACGGACGCGGCGGCGCCAUGGAGCCAGUGCCCUCUGCCCGCGCGGAGCUGCAGUCCCCGCUUCUCGCCAACGCCUCGGACGCCUUUCCUAGCGCCUUUCCCAGCGCGAGCGCCAACGGGUCGGGGCCGCCGGGCGCCCGGAGCGCCUCAUCCCUCGCCCUGGCCAUCGCCAUCACCGCGCUCUACUCGGCUGUGUGCGCUGUGGGGCUGCUGGGCAACGUGCUUGUCAUGUUUGGCAUCGUCCGGUAUACUAAGUUGAAGACCGCCACCAACAUCUACAUCUUUAACCUGGCCUUGGCUGAUGCUCUGGCCACCAGCACACUGCCCUUCCAGAGUGCCAAGUACCUGAUGGAAACGUGGCCGUUCGGAGAGCUCCUGUGCAAGGCUGUGCUGUCCAUUGACUACUACAACAUGUUUACCAGCAUCUUCACACUCACUAUGAUGAGUGUGGACCGCUACAUCGCAGUCUGCCACCCCGUCAAGGCAUUGGACUUCCGGACGCCUGCCAAGGCCAAGCUGAUCAAUAUAUGCAUCUGGGUCCUGGCUUCAGGUGUGGGGGUCCCCAUCAUGGUCAUGGCAGUGACUCAACCCCGGGAUGGAGCAGUGGUGUGCAUGCUCCAGUUCCCCAACCCCAGCUGGUACUGGGACACGGUGACCAAGAUCUGUGUGUUCCUCUUUGCCUUCGUGGUGCCGAUCCUCAUCAUCACGGUGUGCUAUGGCCUCAUGCUGCUGCGCCUGCGCAGCGUGCGUCUGCUGUCGGGCUCCAAGGAGAAGGACCGAAGUUUGCGGCGCAUCACGCGCAUGGUGCUGGUGGUGGUGGGCGCCUUCGUAGUGUGCUGGGCGCCCAUCCACAUCUUCGUCAUCGUCUGGACGCUGGUAGACAUCAAUCGGCGCGACCCACUUGUGGUGGCUGCGCUGCACCUGUGCAUUGCGCUGGGCUACGCCAACAGCAGCCUCAACCCUGUGCUCUACGCCUUCCUGGACGAGAACUUCAAGCGCUGCUUCCGCCAGCUUUGCCGCGGGUCAUGCGGCGGCCGCCAGGAACCCGGUAGCCUCCGCCGAGCCCGCCAGGCCACCGCGCGUGAGCGCGUCACUGCCUGCACCCCCUCCGACGGCCCUGGCGGUGGUGCUGCUGCCUGAACUACCCCGCACUCCCCCCUAAGCACCCCACCCGAGUGAAGUGACCUGGCGGCCACACCGAGCCCCCUGGGAGCCGGGCCACCAUCUGGGCCGCUGGAAUGGGGCCUGCGCAGAGGGGUGGUCUCCGGUAGGGGCGGGGCCUGAGGGAUCCAAGGUUCUGGGUUGGAGGGGUGGGGGUAAAGCUGGCGACUCCAGAGGCUCUACUCGAUCCAUUAGCAAGGCCUCUCCAUGGGGCAGAGCUUCAAGCCUUGGGACAGCCUCCGGCUCUGGCCUUUUGAACACCCAGUUCCCGUGCAAGACCUGAGGAUUCCAGCUCUAGAAACCAGGAGGGGCAGUGACGGGAUCUAUGACUUGAUGAUAGCAGUGAGAGUCUGAGCCUUUCUGAUUUGGG